AUGCUGGACAAUGCUCACUUACUAACAAACCUUAGAAGAUUUUCGUUACAGCAGACACUACCGGUGUCAAGUACUUGGCCAGUGAACCGGAGAAGUGCCGUUUUAGUCCUGCUUUUCGUUGGCAAAUAUGGCGAGCUAAGGGUGUUGCUCACUAAGAGAUGCCGGAGUCUUAGAAGCUUCUCAGGCCAUGUAUCACUUCCUGGUGGAAAAGCAGAUUCAGCUACAGAAUCGCCAUCGAUGGUGGCGAGACGGGAAGCAGAAGAGGAAAUCGGGCUUCCUCGAGACGAAGAGGUCCUGCUACGAGAUUUUAGAAUGAACAUCGAAAGGAUUACGGACAACAUUCCGCAUUUCUUGUCGCGAACGUUUUUGAGCGUAAAACCAGUUGUUUCCUUCCUGUACAAUUCGGAAACUCCGUUGGAAAAGCGUUACAACUUACCACUCGAUGGGACCCGGUUUUUCGGGAAGCUCAACCCUGGAGAGACCACUUCCCUAUUUUCUGUUCCUCUCGCGGAUUUGACAGCCUAUAGACACACGGACACCACUUAUCAACACGAAUAUUUGAGUCGAAAGCUGUACAAAGCGAGAUGGGGCGACCUGAAGUGGUGUUUACAGCACUAUUAUUACCCUAACGAUAAUGUGAAAGACACAAGAUGGCUCAACGACAUAAUUGACACGAGCUCUGGAGAUGAGGAAAUGGAAGGUGUGCCUUGUAAGGACGUGUGGGGACUCACUGCCAAAAUUCUACAGGAAAUCAGCGACAUUGCUCACGGCGACAUCGCUGCUGGCAAGGCCGUGGGUCAUGAAGAUCUUAUAUACAUGCUCCACAAAUUUGGCGGGCAAUUGAAAGAUCGUGAAAGGUCCAAGUGGGAAAAUGACAUGAUUCACAAUAAGUCCGGGGUCUGCUACAGUGAUGUUAUACCUGACGAGCAUAUGGAGCAAUUGUUGUCCAGCGAGUUUUGA